AUGGCAUUGGAUCCACGAUUAAUGCCCGGAGUAGGGGCGGAAAUGCGCACUGUUAGGACUUCUGCAUCAACACCAUCUUUACGAUUGAGGGAGGGCAGCGAACCGCCGCCAAUGGCCAUGGAUAAUCCGGGUGGGAAUGUUAGAGUGGUUGUUAGGGUUAGAGGGUUUCUUCCAAGAGAGAUUGAGAGAGGCGCAAAAUGUCUGGUCGAAAUGAAUCCUAUAAACCAAGCAACCACCCUUCAUGCGCCUAAUGAUUUAGACCCAGCGAACUCUCGUUCGAAGAUGAGAAAAAUUGUCGAUGACAAAAAGUUCACUUUCGAUAAGUCGUUCUGGAGUCAUGACACAGCGGACGAACAUUAUGCGCAUCAGGAAGAUGUGUACGAUAGUCUCGGGGAGGAGUUUCUGGACCAUAAUUUCGAAGGUUACCAUACUUGUAUAUUUGCGUACGGUCAGACUGGUUCUGGCAAGAGUUAUACCAUGAUGGGAACGAAGGAUCAACCUGGAUUGAUUCCGAGGACCUGCGAGGAUUUGUUUCAAAGAAUUGAGGAAGCACAGGAGGAAACGCCGAAUACUUCGUACAGUGUUCAUGUCUCGUAUUUCGAAGUUUAUAAUGAGCAUGUUCGAGAUCUGCUGGUUCCAGUACAUGCCAAUCAGGCGCCGCACUACCUCAAAAUCCGAGAGUCACCAACGGAAGGACCGUAUGUUAAGGAUUUGACAGAUGCACCAGUCAAGAAUUACUCGGAAAUCAUGCGAUAUAUGAAUAUGGGUGAUGCAAGCCGAACGACAGCAAGCACGAAGAUGAACGAUACCAGUAGUCGAAGUCAUUCGGUUUUUACAAUCAUGCUGAAGUCGAUUCGUCACGACAUGCUGACGGACGAGACGACGGAGCGUGUGGCAAGAAUCAGACUGGUCGAUCUUGCAGGUAGUGAGCGUGCGAAAGCAACAGAAGCGACGGGUGCUCGGCUUCGCGAAGGAAGCAAUAUCAACAAGUCUCUCACCACUCUAGGUCGAGUAAUUGCUGCAUUAGCAGAUCCAAAGACGUCUCGUCCUGGAAAGAAAAGUAAAGAUGUCGUACCAUUUCGAGAUUCGAUUCUUACCUGGCUGCUCAAGGAUUCGCUGGGCGGUAACAGUAAGACAGCUAUGAUUGCAUGUGUUGCACCAUCGGAUUAUGAUGAGACUCUAUCUACACUUCGGUAUGCAGAUCAAGCAAAGAAAAUCCGCACUCGUGCUAUCCGUAAUGAAGAUUUAGUGUCGGCUGCGGAACGUGAUGCUCAAAUCGUUGCCAUGGCAGAGGAGAUUCGUGCGCUUCAAUACAGCGUGUCCGAGAACCGCCGAAAAGAGAAGGAAGGAAAAGAUCAAGAAGAGAAACUUGAAGAAUAUCAAAACAGAGUGGUAGUCAUGCAACGCAUGAUGGAAGAGCGCAGUCUUGUAGCCGAAGGCAAAAUCCGUAGUCUACAAACCGAAAACGAAGCUCUCCGAAAUCACCUAAAGCUCGCUCUUGAAGAGCUUAAAGCACCUAUCAACCUACAACGAAAUAGCACCAGGAAUAGUUAUCGUGGCGGCAGCGUCACGAGAGAUUUGUCUGAGGAAGAACCACCGCUUGUAUAUGACGACGAAGGACCGCCGACGCCGACUGCGGAGUCUGAUAUUGAUGACCAUACGGAGGUUCCAGAUAGCGAGUAUCCCAGCGACGAGGCUGUUGACCUUGCGAGACAGGCUUAUACGGAUGAGACGGAGGAGUGUCUGAAGAGUUUGCUUAAUGAUCUUGGAUUGCAUCGUAAGAAGAUUAUGAGUGAUAAAUUGAGGUUUUAUGGUGAUGAGGUUGCUCAUUGA